AUGGCAGUCUCUAUAGUCAGAGCUCAUUUUCCUACCGUCGGCAGUCUUGAAGCUACAGUCAGUUGCAAAUUAUUUACGCCAUUCAGCAUGAUAUCGCAAAAAGCCCUAUUUGUGUCUUUAAUAGGACUAGCUACUGUUCUUGCACUAUGGCUGCUGAGAGCAUCUCGGCGUGACAAAGGGUUCAAGCUCCCCCCACAAGUCCCUGGCAUUCCGGUGUUCGGCAACACAUUUCAAAUUCCCGCCCUGCAACAGGGCCCUUGGGCUAAGAAGCUAGCUGAAAAAUAUGGCGAAAUGUUCACUUGCAAGUUUGGCGGCUCGACAUGGGUUUUCUUGAACUCUUCCCGGGUUGUCAAUGAUUUGCUUGAGCGCAGAGCUGCCAUUUAUUCGUCGAGGCCACCGUUUCCCAUGACUCAAGGCAUUAUGUCAGGCGAUUCACGUAUCGUCCUCAUGCCUUACAAUGAAAGAUGGCGCAUGCUGCGUAAAAUUAUGCACCAAAUCUUGAGCUCUAGGCAGCAAGAUAUCUUCAAACCUUUCCAAGAUCUCGAAUCAAAGAACCUCUGCUGGGAUUAUCUGCAGACACCCAGCAGAUGGUGGUCAGCCAAUGCUCGCUAUGCCAAUUCUGUCAUAAUGAGCGUCGUCUUCGGCCGUCGGUCAACACUCGAUGACCCAGAUGUGGUUGAACUGUUCGAAACUCUUGAACUAUUCUUAGAGAAUCAACAACCAGGCGUUAACAUUGUUGAUGCAUUUCCAGUACUCGAGAAGAUUCCCAGGGUCCUCCAAUGGUGGCGGCCCCGGGGAGAAAGAGUGUUUCACAAGACCGCGAAGGUUUACAAACGCGAGAUAGCCAAGAUGGAAGAACAAAUGGCCAACGGAACCCAGCGAGAAUGCUUCGGUACCGACUUUCUCAACACCGAGGAGGUCAAGACAAUGACGGAGGUGCAAAAGCUCUUUGUUUUCGGUACACUAAUGGAAGCUGGAAGCGACACAUCUCGAGUCACCCUUGGCCAAAUAAUCGCAGGCGCAGCCACUUACCCUGACUGGGUGAUACGGGCGCGUGCACAACUGGAUGAAGUUUGUGGCUCCAAUGCAGAACGUUUGCCUGUGUGGGAGGAUAGGGAAAGACUCAAUUAUAUAUCGGCCGUGGUUAAAGAAGGUUUCCGCUGGCGACCAAACAUUGCAGAGAUUGGCGCACCAACCAUGCUGAUCAAGGAUGACAAGUAUGAAGAUUACCAUUUUCCCGCCGGCACAAUCUUCACUUGGAAUGCCUGGGCAAUUGCUCUGAGCCCCGAGGAAUACGAUCGACCGGAAGAAUUUUGGCCAGAGAGAUUUCUCGAUGGUAACGAAGAAAACGCUUUAAAAGGGCAUUGGGCAUUUGGUCCAGGCCGCCGAGUAUGUGUCGGAUGGAAAGUGGGAGAGAUGAAUGUCUGGAUCGCCAUUGCACGACUCUUGUAUUGUUUUGAUUUUGAGCAACUACCGGGGAAACCGAUAGACACGAUGAGGAUCCCCCAGAUUACCAAACACACCGCACCUUUUGACGUCAAGGUAAGUCCUCGGAGUGAGGAGCACGCGGCUCUCAUCCGCAGAGAUUGCGCGGAUGCAGUAGCUGCGAGGUACUAA